AUGGAGACAAUUAUGGAAGAAGGCGCCGUUGCUGUUCAUCUGACAGGGAAAAGUCCUGUGCCGCCGAUGAAAUUCCUGGGCGAAGGACUUCUGCGCAAAGAUCGCCGUAAGAAGAGGGCUGUUCAAAGGGAGUCUCGACAGUACUCUGCCGAGGACGCUGCCGUUCAAACAUCCAUUGAGAUGGAUGACGUCUUCGUAAGGCUUUCCUAAGAUUUUUCAGUUUUUUCAUAGGUGGCCCUGUCUUGAAAGGGUAUUAUUUUGAACCAGCAUUUUUUUCAAAAUCAGGAUUCACGCAAAAAACGACCAUCUAAAUUUUAUUUUCAAUGCUACGAUGUACAUGAACAAUUUUUUUAAAAUUUAAAUAUAACUGAAGUUUAGAAAAAAAAUUAUAGGUCGACUACGAGCCGAUCAGAGCCAACACCGUCUGCCAUCCCAACGUGCAGCAAGUUGUCGAUCGCAACUACAGAACCGUGGUUCACCAAGCAUAUGAAGAUCAACCUCUGGAAGGAGAAGCCACCUUGGCCGACGUGUAUGUUUCAAUACAAUUUUCCAGAAAAAAGGGCUUUUUUCAGCAUGUGGUGCGUGGUUGGCUGUGUAGGAGUCUUGGUUGCGCUCAUUCUGAUCGGACUGGCUCUGCGAGCCCACGUCGAGAGUCUUGGCCAGAACAUCCACCGUGCUCGCGUCGUGGCCAACAUGCCGAUCUUCGACGAUGGAGCAAGGCCUACUUUCGACUGA